GUGGCGAGCUGACCGUAGACUGUUUCAUCAAUCAUUUCGGGAGGAAAUGACAAUGCAUUACCGCCCUUUCUUUCAGCGCGCUUGUAAUAGGCUCUUGAUCAAUGUCCUGAAGGAUCCGAGCAAGCUGUUUGAUUACUUGAAUCUCUUUGCAGGAUCAACCAUGUUAUCGAGUAUCUAUGGCUACGAAACCAACGAUAUCCAUGACCCUUUGGUGCGCAAUGGAGAACGUGCGCUCACUACGCUUGAAGCGAUCACACCGGAGAAGUCUGUGUUGAUUGAACUCUUCCCUUUCAUUCUCAGUCUUCCGAAUUGGUUUCCCGGGGUCUCUCUUCAGAAAAAUGCCCGUGCAGCUAGGAGAACACUUCACGAAUACGUGGAGAAGCCUUAUCAGUUCACUACCGACCGCCUACAGCAGGAUCCUUCUUUCCCCGGCAUGCUGUCCGAUUCAAUCAGGCGUUUUUCUAAUCGUAACAAUAGCUUCUCAAAGGAAGCCAUGAAACAAGUUUCCGCGGCCGCAUUUACGGACUCACUCAAACUCCAGACAGCGUCCACAUUGCUGGUAUUCGUGCUGGCAAUGGUAAUGCACCCGGAUGUACAAAGGCGAGCACAAGAGGAAAUGCGAACUGUUACUGGGAACGAUCGGCUUCCUGUGCUCGAAGACCGAUCUUCUCUUCCUUACUUUGGUGCCAUUAUUCGUGAGGUGAUGAGGUGGCACCCAGUUGUUCCCCUAGCCGUCCCACACGCAGCCAUUGACGACGAUGUAUAUGAUAAUUAUUUUAUUUUUAAAGGA